AUGGGAAAGGAAACUAUCUCUGUGUCAGGGUCAGAUCCCAAUGUCGAAUCCGGCUCUUUUGCGCCUGUCAUCGACAAGGCUGCAGAGAAAUCUUAUGUCCGCAAGCUUGACUUCUAUCUCCUACCGUUCUUGUCGAUAAUGUACUUUUUCAAUUCUGUCGAUCGUUCAAAUCUGGGCAACGCAAAAACAGACGGUCUGGACAAGGACUUGAAUUUCACCGGCAAUGACUACUCUCUGCUCAUUCUACUCUUCUAUGUCCCAUUCGGGCUGUGCGAUCUACCACUAAACCUUCUGACGAAGAGGUUUUCCGGAAAAGUCAUGCUUCCUUCGCUCAUGUUUGGUUGGGGAUCUCUGUCCCUGAUCCAAUGCGCCGCCAAAAACUUCGGAGGCAUGCUGGCCAUUCGUCUCAUCCUAGCUAUUUUUGAGGCAGGCUUCUUCGCCGGAGUGGUCUUCUACAUGACUCUCUUCUACACCCGAGGCGAACUUGGAUUUCGAAUUGCAGUCUUCUUCGGAAGUGCCUUGCUCGCGGCAGCGUUCAGCGGCCUGAUCUCGUACGGUGUGUUCCAGAUCCACCAUGUCUCCGUCAAGGGCUGGAUGUGGCUCUUCAUCAUCGAAGGCGGCAUGACAGUCAUCACGGCUGUCAUUGCCUUCUGGUGGCUGCCCGCACGCCCAGAUACGGCAUGGUUCCUCAACGACGCCGAAAAGAUUGCGGCGAGGAACCGACAUCUCCGGGACGCAUCGAGGACGGUCAACACAGAGUUUGAUCUCAGGGCGUGCUUUGCCACGUGGAAGAACCCCAAGUUUGCCCUCUGGGUGGUGAUAGCGUUCACCUAUCCAGUUGCGUUUGCGACCGUCAGCAAUUUCCUCCCGCAAAUCGUCCAGAGACUUGGAUACUCGGUGGUCAAGACCAAUCUGUGGACCGUCGCUCCGAACAGCGUUGGGUUUGUGGUCCUCCUGUGCGUCACAAAGUCCUCGGACUACUUCAGAGAGCGGACGUACCAUAUCGUCUUCGCCCUGUCGUUGUCGCUGGUCGGCAUGAUCAUCUUGGCUGCCAUUGACGUUCUCGAGAACAAGGGUGUCGCUUAUUUCGCGUGCUUCUUGAUGGCGUCGGGAGCAUACAUUCCCAGCUGUCUGGUGCACUCGUGGCACAACAACAACAACCUGGAAGAGAACUCGCGGGCAGCUACCACGGGAUUGCUCGUCGGCCUCGGAAACUUGGGAGGUAUCAUCUCGGCAGCGACAUUCAGAGUCGAAUAUGCACCUGGCUACGUUCCCACGCUCAUCGCCACCAGCUGCUGCAACGUUACUUGCAUCGUCUUCACUCUCGUACUCGGCUUGUACAUGAAGCGAGAGAAUGCUCGACGUAACAAAGAGCAAGGAGUCAUCAUGAGAGCGGAGGAUGUGGACACAGACACGCUCCAAGACGGAGAGAAGUCUCCCAACUGGAGAUAUUUUACUUGA